AUGGCGUGGAUUCAGAGGAGGCAGCUUUUGGCAUCUUGCCUCUGCAUCACAGCCUCUGUCUUUCUGCUUGUCACACUCCAGGUAGUGGUUGAGCUGGGGAAACUUGAAAGGAAGAAGUUUAAAAAUUCCAACUGGCAAGAUGGACAUGCAUCGAUGGAGGAGGAGCCUACACACCUCUAUCCACUCCCUGGGAAAGAAGCCCUGAACUGGAAAAACAAAUCAGAGACUGAUAACUACCCCAUCAUGCUCUGGUGGUCCCCACUGACCGGGGAAACUGGAAGGCUAGGCCAGUGCGGAGCGGAUGCGUGUUUCUUCACCAUCAACCGGACCUACCUACAUCAUCACAUGACCAAAGCAUUCCUCUUCUAUGGCACUGACUUUAACAUAGAUAGCUUACCUCUGCCUCGGAAGGCCCAUCACGACUGGGCCCUUUUUCACGAAGAGUCUCCGAAAAAUAAUUACAAGCUCUUUCACAAGCCAGUCAUCACCUUGUUCAACUACACUGCCACGUUCAGCCGACAUUCCCACUUGCCACUGACCACCCAGUACUUGGAGGGCGUAGAAGUCCUGAAGUCACUCAGAUACCUGGUCCCUUUGCGGUCCAAGAACAUCCUUCGAAGAAGACUUGCUCCACUGGUGUAUGUCCAGUCAGACUGUGACCCGCCAUCAGACAGGGACAGCUAUGUUCGAGAACUGAUGACUCACGUUGAGGUGGAUUCCUACGGUGAGUGUUUACGAAACAAGGAUCUCCCUCCGCAGCUAAAAAAUCCAGCUUCCAUGGAUGCUGAUGGCUUUUAUAGGAUCAUUGCACAGUAUAAGUUUAUCCUUGCCUUCGAGAAUGCGGUGUGUGACGACUACAUCACUGAGAAGUUCUGGAGACCUCUGAAACUGGGGGUGGUCCCUGUGUAUUAUGGGUCCCCCAGCAUCGCUGACUGGCUCCCAAGUAAUAGAAGUGCUAUUCUCGUGUCUGAAUUUGCUCACCCUAGAGAACUGGCAAGUUACAUCAGACAACUGGAUCACGACGACAGACUGUACGAGGCCUACAUAGAAUGGAAGCUGAAGGGUGAGGUCUCGAAUCAGCGACUUCUCACAGCACUCAAGGAACGGAAGUGGGGAGUACAAGACGUCCACCAGGACAACUACAUCGAUGCAUUUGAGUGCAUGGUGUGCAGCAAGGUGUGGGAUAAUAUCCGGCUUCAGGAGAAGGGCUUACCACCCAAAAGAUGGAAGGCAGAAGUUACCCACCUGAGCUGCCCGGAGCCCACAGUGUUUGCUUUCUCACCUCUGGCUCCACGUUGGAGCUCUUUGAGGGAGAUGUGGAUACCAAGCUUUGAACAGUCCAAGAAAGAAGCACAGGCACUAAGGUGGCUGGUUGAUAGGAAUAAAAAUUUUUCAGCUCAAGAGUUUUGGGCCCUCGUGUUCAAGGACUAA